CGUAGCCCUUCACUUGACGCACGACCACGGCCAAUCUCUGUUUCUCUCGAAAGUUCUUAUUUUGAAGAGGCUCUGUUCGCCCGAUUCAAAUCCUCUCCGUUGAUUUCAAUUCCACUUCGCUAAAAUUCAAUAAUGUCCGACUCAGAGAUCACCCCCGCAUCACCCCCGCCUGCGGUGGAGAUGGAGGCUCAACCGCAGGAAAAGCCCCACCAAGAGCCCAGCAAGAAGCCGACGAACAACAGCUUCACGUUCAGCAUUUGGCCCCCCACGGAGCGUACCCGGGAGGCCGUGGUGAACCGCCUGAUCGACACGCUGUCCAGUGUCUCUGUUCUCUCGAAGCGCUACGGCACCCUGCCCCGCGACGAGGCCGCCGCUGUCGCCCACAUCAUCGAGGACGAGGCGUUUUCCGCCGCAUCCUCCUCCGCCUCCGCAGAUGAGGAUGGUAUCGAGAUCCUCCAGGUGUACUCCAGGGAGAUCAGCAGCCGCAUGCUCGAGACCGUCAAGAGCCGUGGCACUUCGGGAUCUACCGCCGACACUGCGCUGCAGACUUCGAUUCCGUCCGUGGUGCCCGCCACCACCACUGCCAGUGAGGAGAACACGCCCGCUGAGACUGAAUCUUGAUCUAUGUCUAGGAUUUAGGGCUUAUAUCUUGAUCUAUGCCAGUGAGGGUUGGUGUUAUUCUGGAUAGUGUAUGUGCCACAUUAGAUCUGUUUAUACUGUUUCUGGAUUUUAAUGCUUAUCUGCUGAUGAUUGCCCUUUUCGAUAAUAGUAAUGCGGUUCAAUUUCGAUGCUUUUCUUUGAAGUAAAUAAUAAUAGGUUUUAGCCAUUGUCUUACCAAAGCUCUAAGUAGAGUUUGAGGUAUCUGAUUGGAAAUUUAUGUUCUUUUUAAUCGAGUUUUUUUUUUUUUAAUCUGUUUUGUUUUUUGUUUUUUUGUUUUUUGUGUUUUUUGUUUGAGAGCUAUAUUCUUGGAGGAUAUUAAGUGAUAUCGCAUGUAAUGAAUCCCUAAAUUCAGUCCUUUCAAAUAAUUUUCUUGUCUCAUCCAUAUACGUUAGGUAGAGGUUUCGCGACAAUAAUUGUGUAUUGGAGCUCCGUGUGGGAAAUACCAGCUGCCUGUGCCGUUCUCCCUACCUUUGGGUUUGCAGCCCUGUUCAGGAACAAAUGGCAUGCAUCUGAUUCCCAUCUUUCAUGGUACUACUUUCUGUGCCAAGGGCAGGCUGAUUGGUGCACCAUGUGAUAAAAAUGUUGAUUUUGCUUCGAGUCUAUAGCGGGGAAAACAGAGGUGUUUUCUGGUUAGUGGAUGUAUGUCCUGAUUCACCAUUUACAGCAGUGCCGUGUUUGGUGCAUAUACGUUGGUGACACUUGACCAGGGACAACACCUGUUUGGGUUAGGAUCUUAUCAGAAUUGUUCUUGGAAUAGAAUGUGAUCGGUAUAGUCAUGUCAUUACUCACUCCAUAUCUGCUCGUACGUCCGGGAUGAAUAUGGUUGAUUUCGUUGUGUAAAUGCUGUGGUUUCACAUGCUUCAGGCCAAUGUCAUCGUAAAUUUUAAGUUCUGUCUCGCA